UCGAUCAGUUGGCAUCUGACUUUGCCGUUGCGAUAUACCCACACACAUAUAUUCAAUUUCGUUACGAACAUUUUUUUUCGUCGGUUCGGUGUUUCAUGCCGCGUAUUUUCAAUAUAAUUCAGCGACGAACCUCCCUACGUAUAAUUGUUAAGUGCGUAUGUAACUCAAUUAUUGUUUUUCGGUUGAUUGUUGAUCAAACCGCGCGCCAAUUCGGCACUCUGUUAUUUUGUGUGUGUAUUUUUUAUUGCUGUUGGUGCUUUCGGUAUAACCAAAUACUCCAUUCAUGUGACAACAACCAAAACAAACAAAAUAAAAAACACGAAUUUCAUCUCUACUCCAAAAAGAAAAUCAUUUUCCAUUACGAAUCCCCAGACGCAUUCAGUGUGGCUUCGAUAGACGACCCGGAUCUUGCGGGCAUCCCAUUGGAUGACUAUAAAAAAAUUAACGAGAGUUUAGAAUUCAAAUGUACAUUCGCGGGAGAAGUUGAAAAGCUCACCGAGAGUGAACAUUCGAGAUUUUGUCUAACUCAUUGGGAUUCGAUAUUAUGUUGGCCAAAAACCGUGCGUGGCGUCGUCGCCUAUUUACCGUGUCCGGCCGAAUUCCAAGGCGUACAUUACGAUAUUACAAAGAAUGCAUCGAGACGGUGCCAUUUUGACGGCCAAUGGGAUAAUUACACUCAUUAUGAUUUGUGCCAACAUCUCCAACCAACAGUUGUGCCCGAAUUCGACGCAGGCAUUGAAUUACCAACUUUGGUCUACUACACCGGUUAUACAAUUAGCUUAGUGUCGCUUACUUUAGCUGUAGCUGUUUUUCUUUAUUUCAAAGAUCUUCGAUGUUUACGAAAUACGAUCCAUGCGAAUUUAUUUAUCACUCAUAUUCUAUCAGCACUUUUAUGGAUACUAUUGCUAACGCUUUCACUCCAGAUUGAACCCAGCGCUGUUGGUUGCGUUUUACUUGUUACAUUUUUUCACUACUUCAGUUUGACAAACUUCUUUUGGAUGUUAGUUGAAGGUCUCUAUCUGUACAUGCUAGUGGUGGAAACGUUUUCCGGUGAUAAUCUUAAAUUUCAUAUGUAUGCACUAAUUGGAUGGGGUGGACCGGCCGUUUUUGUGCUAAGCUGGGCGAUUAUCAAAGCGUUUGCUGUUGAACCGAAAAAUUUAAGUGUCGAUGGCUUACAAAUUGAGUGCACGUGGAUGAGAGAGACUAACCUAGAUUGGAUAUUUCAAGGUCCGGCCUGUGCGGUUAUUUUAAUCAAUUUAAUAUUUUUAUUUCGCAUCAUGUGGGUUCUGAUUACAAAAUUGCGUUCAGCAAACACAGUUGAAACGCGUCAAUAUCGCAAGGCAUCGAAAGCUCUAUUGGUUUUAAUACCAUUGCUUGGUAUUACAUAUUUGGUCGUAUUGGCCGGACCGAAUGAAGGUGUAGGUAGCACAAUAUUUUUUGUGGCUCGAGCAUUUCUCCUCAGUACACAGGGGUUUUUCGUAUCACUUUUUUAUUGUUUCCUGAAUUCAGAAGUUCGAACCACUUUGCGACACCGAUUCAACACCUGGAAGGAUGAACGCAAUAUACGAAUUGGACAAACGCGACAAAGUCGAAGGUACACGUCAGGGAUGAGUCAAUCGAAAGAUUAUUCACCUAGAGAACGAACGGAAAGUAUACGACCGUUAACGUCGUACAAUAAACGAGAAUCAUGCGCAUCAUCAGCAACAACAACCACAUUACUCGGACCACCAUCCAGUAAUUAUGCAUCGCAGCGUGGAUCGAAUGGUGCAUUACAUCUGUAUGCAAUGCCCAGAGCCAUUAGUCCAUUAAUGCAGCAAGGACUAGAUGAAAACUGUGUAUGAAUUACCGAAACAAACGUUGACUGUCUGCAUCCUUCGGUGAAAAUAGAUCGUGUUUCGUAAGCAACCAUUCGAUAAACCAGCGCGGUACGAUGCGAUGUGUGGAAUCAAUGAAUAAAUUUGCUCACAUUUAAAAUAAUGUCAUCCAUUCACCUUUUUUAUCACCGCCAUAUAUUGUCUAUGUACCAAAUUACGCAUUAAAUAAAUUUAAUAUAAAUGUUUUUUUUAA